GUUUGCCGAGUUGCCGCCGGGGUCCUUGGAGCUGCUAAUCCGUGUUGCUACAUCGUUAGCAAGAACAUACGCAGUAGUGGAGUGAAACGGAACAGACUCAUCUUGUUCUACACUUUCCCCUCAUAAUGAUGCAAAAGACUGUCAGGGAUGAGCUGACACCAGCGACAUUUGUCGCCUUCUUCCGCUUCCCGGCGAGCCGGCGCUAAGACGCCCGCUUUGGACCGCCAACCCUCCCCUAUUUCGGCCUCGAUUCCAGCAUGUAUUGCCUGCAGUGGCUGCUGCCGGUGCUGCUGAUCCCCAAGCCGCUCAACCCGGCGCUGUGGUUCAGCCACUCCAUGUUUAUGGGCUUCUACCUGCUCAGCUUCCUGCUGGAGAGGAAGCCGUGCACCAUCUGUGCCUUGGUCUUCCUCGCAGCCCUCUUCCUCAUCUGCUACAGCUGCUGGGGGAACUGCUUCAUGUACCACUGCCAGGACACCGCGCUGCCGCACGCUGCCCACGACCCGGCCAUCGUGGGCACCUAGACGCCCCCUCGCCGCCGCCAUGCUGGAUUCACGAUAAUCUCGAACAGAAAGACUUGAAACGGGGGCGGCAGAGGACAUUUUGUACGCUCGGGCGAGAACGUGCGUUUACUCCCAAUCUUUGACACGGCGGACAAUCAGCAUCGGCGACCACUCCUUUUCCUCGGACUUGACGUACACGCUGAUCAUGCGCUUUGAUGUGAUUGUCAGUAUUUUCAACACACGCGCAAAGACGCUGGAAAGCGACGUGACUUUUUUUUGAAGCUGCGCGUUGCUUCACAAUGUUGGUUUUGGUUUUUAGGUGAAAUAAAAGCUUUUUUUUCCUCCAAUGUU